AUGUCUACAAGCAUUACGGUGAGUAAUCGAGAUCAGUCUUUACCACCUUUAUUGCUGCCCAGUGUUUCCUUGCUGGAAAAGGAUAUAGGUCGCGAAGGUGCCCAAAAUGCAGGAAUCACUGAUCCGGAAUUGCUGUCGGCGACCUGGACAAGGAAACGAGCUUUCGCGCCAGACCAGUUUGUUUCUAGCUCCAAGAGGUUGAAACCCGCUGCAGCGGACAUUAACGGGUACGGUCUGGGUAUUGCCACGGUAACACCAUCGCCCACACUUCCCGUAGGCGCCAUUGUCUCUUCUUUACAAAAUUACAGCCCGCCAGCGUUCGAAUUCCAUAAUCAUGCUCUUGCCUCCAUCGGUAAUGAAGACACUAACGCAUCUGCCAUCCAAAUGCCCAUGAUUUCUCGCUCCACCAGUAACUCGACAACUUCCUCUACGACGUCCUCCGGUUCGAUUUCCAAGAGACAAAGAACUGGGCCAAGUUGUGACAAGUGUCGGUUGAAAAAAAUAAAAUGCAAUGCUAAAAUCGAGAUCUUGCUCCAAGACGAUACCAUAAUGCCAUUGAUCUCAAAUAAGCUGCGUUAUGUUUUAACUCCCAACGAUAUCCAACGGUAUAGGGGAACGCUGCUGCAGAACAUUGCCAUUCCGGAUGAUGUCGUUGAGGGCACGAGUUCACGGAAGUUAAUCAAGCAUAUUGAUAAGUUAGUCUUGCUCACACCUUGUCUGCCAUGCGCUAAGAAAAAGCACUCUUCUUCCGAUUUUUCAAGAAGUUUUAAUUGUACUUUUUCAAAAGGCUUUACUAGAGCCGACAUAAGCACUUCAUCCAAAAUAUCUUUAAAAUUCAAAGAUAAAACCAUUUAUGACAUGACCUAUGAUGACUACAAAAACCUACGUCCUUAA